UCAUCAUCAUCAUCACCAUUAUUGACCAUAUUAUGGACGAUAAUCAUUUCAUUAUCAAUAUUCAUAUUGAUUGCGCCAUUCAUCUAUGUAGUAAUAUUUUAUAUUGGUAAUAUUAUAUUACAUAUACAUCGUAUCUAUAAUAAUAUUCCAUACGAUGAUAAAAACGAUGAUGUUGAUGAUGAUGAACAUUUCAAACGUUGGCAUAAACCAGUUGAAUUGUUUGCCAAAAUUAUCAGCCAUAUUGGCUACAUAUGGCAUGGUUAUAAUGUGAUUGGUUUAGAGAAUAUACCGGCCAAAGAUCCGGCCAUUAUUGUUUUCUAUCAUUCAACAUUUCCUAAUGAUUUUUAUUAUCUUAUGGCAUUGUUAUUUUUAAAACAUAAACGUACAUUUUUCACCAUUAUUGAACGUAUUAUAUAUCGUAUACCAAGUUGGUCAUUAAUGUUGAAUGUUUUACGAUUAAUACCUGGUUCCGUUGAUGAUUGUGUGAACAUUAUAAAUCGUGGUAAUUUAUUGGCAUUAUCACCUGGUGGUUUGCGUGAAGGUUUGUGGAUUGUUUGUGGUUUGUUUUUUUUUGUGAUUUUUUUUUCUCUAAAAUUUUCGAUAGCCAUGUUUAGUGAUGAAAAUUAUCAACUAAUCUGGAAUAAUCGUCAUGGUUUUGCACGCAUAGCCAAACAAACCAAUGUACCAAUAAUACCGGUAUUCACACAGAAUUCACGUGAAUCAUUUCGUUUAUUAUCAAUCAUACCAAAAUGGUUAUGUCGUUUAAUAUAUGAUCGUUAUAAAUUUCCAUUCUUAUUCAUACCAUACGGUGGUUUACCGGUCAAAUUGACCACUUUUAUUGGUGAACCAAUACAUUUUACACCGGAAAUGACGAUAACGGAAAUUGCUCAAUUGACAGCAAAAAAAAUGGAACAAUUAAUCGAACAACAUCAAACACGGCCUGGUUCCAUACGGAAAGCAUUAUGUCAACGUUUUUUCUAACCAAAAAAACAGAAACAAAAAAAGAAUUCAUCAAUUUAGAAUCAAUCAA